AUGAAUGUUGAAAACUUACAAAAAUUCGCAUUAUUUCGAUACUUUCUUAUUCCUUUUGCUAUCUUUUUGACAGUGGUCCCCACGGGAAUCCUUUCUCUUACACAACAAUAUCAACAAAAUCAAAGCGUAACUUAUACAACAAUCAUAUCUCCACGAGAAGAAUUAUUUCAAGAAAAUAUUGGCGACACUUUGGGUGGAAUAGUGUUAAUCCCAAACCUAACUUUAAGCGGUGACUUUGUAUGCGUUAUAUGUGCAUGGAUCAUCUCUAUGAUUGGGAUUUUUGAUUUCUUAAGAAAGAAUAACCUUGUUGGUCAAUUUAUUUCUGCAUUUUUAAUCGUAUUCACUGUACUACAAUUCCUAUCCGCUAUUCACAGUGUGGUGUAUAUUGAUCAAUGGAUUUUUGAAAUUUUAAGUGGUUCAUGGCAAAAAGCGUAUUUAUUUGAUUCCGAACUGAUAAGAGAAAUUCAAUAUGAGUUUUCGUGUAAAGGAUACGCGUCAGUUGAUGAUCGAUCUGCAAAUAUGCCUUAUAGAUUUGAUGAAUGUUGUAGUAAAAUGUUGAUGAAUCGGUUUGGUGCACAAUUAUUUGAUGUAGCUAAAAUUGUAUUAUUGGCACGAUUUAUUCAGUUAAUUGGAGUUCUAAUACACGCUCAUAUAUUCAACCGGGUUAUAUUACAUGAUAUCAUGAUGAUGUAUGCGGAGGAAUGCGAUGCUGAUCAUUUUUAUGAUGAUAAAGAACAACAUUGUAUAUCGAAUUCUCCAAAUGAUUUGGAAGAAUACAACAACAAUAGUUGGAUAAGUUCUCCAACUACUUC